GCAGAUCUUCAGUUCGACGGCCCGAGAUCAAUUGGCAUUCGCACAGGCAGAUCAGCAUUUGUUUACGACACUAUCACAGCUCGUUCUCCUAUCCACUAUGGCCGUUGGACACCCAGUAGAUAAUGCUUUGCAAGCACUUGCGGAAAUAAAUUGGUCCCACCCGUCGUUGUGGAUAUGUGCUGGUUCCAUCGUGUUUAACCCAACAAUGUGGAAUAUUGUCGCUCGAAAUGAGUAUCGAAGACAUACUAUUACAAGGAUGGUGGGCUCCCCAUUGAGGGGUUGCUAUCUCCUCGCAUUCACUAUUUUUACGCUCGGAUUGCUGCGGGACUACCUCUUCACCGUUGCUAUGGAUCACCAACCAAAGAGUCACAUCCUUGAGCAUUUUUACGUGAAGGUGUACGCAGCGAUUAGCAUCGUUAUUGGAAAUGUUCUUGUGUUGUCCAGCAUGUAUAAACUAGGAAUCACGGGGACGUACUUGGGGGAUUACUUUGGUAUUCUUAUGGACCAGCGUGUUACUGGAUUCCCGUUUAAUGUCCUAGAAAAUCCCAUGUACUUUGGAUCGACUCUGUGCUUCUUGGGGGGUGCUUUGUGGCGGGGUAGCCCGGCAGGUCUUGUGCUUACCGGAGUUGUCUAUAUUGUGUACAUUGUUGCCGUCGAAUGCUUUGAAGGACCGUUCACUGCAUCGAUCUACCAAAGAAGAGACAGGGAAAAGGCCGGCAAGAAAAAGCAAUAGUCCAACGACUAUUGGACGAUCUGCGCCAGCACUCGUCGUGCGUGGUGUAUAGAUAGUUUCAUGCAAGUAUAUUAUUAGGUAGCAAGGUGACCUGGCAUGUCGCCCCCCGGCUUAUUAGGGAUAGCAUUCACAGUAGUGAUAGAACAAUAGCAAUAAUCAAUGUCGCACACAAUAUACCAGUACGGGUUGAACCACUUGGACAUGGUGAGAACCAACUCGGAUAAAGCGCA